AUGGAAAAUCAGCAAAUAAUCCUUUUAAAAAACUAACACCAACAAAUUGGACAACUAAAGCUCAUUCAUAAGCCUCCUAAGCAUCUAAAUAAUAAACAUAUAAAACAACUUUUGAUUCGUGAUAAAUCAGGUGAAAAUAAUUAGUCCUCUUAUCGAAAUACAUAAUUCUACGUUGAGCAAAAUAACAAAGAAAGAGCACAUACCUCUGAUUUGAGAAAUCCUUAUUUCAGUAAUUUAGCAAAACAGGGAAUGUAAAAGAUAAGUGGCACUACGAAUUUUAGCAAUUUUUCUUAAUCCAAGUCAAGCAGCUUACUCAAGCAAAAUUUAUCUCAAGGCAUAGUGAGCGUUUAAAAUGAAUAAGAAAAUGAGAAAUUAUAAACUUAAUACUCUUAAUAAAAAAAUAUCGGAUCCACUCAAAAUUCCCCAGAACAAAAUAGAAACUAGAGUGAAGUGAAUUUGUUCUAGGAGGCUAAGUAUGCUUUAAAUUAAGAAAUUAACAAGGGCAAUUAAUCUAAAUAAUAGUCUAGAAAUGAUGCAAACUGUCAGGCAUUCAAUUUGAAUUCUGAGCAUUAAAAUAUAUUGGCAAAAAUAUCUUAAGAUUAGGAGAUUUUCAGAAAGAGACUCUAAUUGAAGAUCGAGAUUCUAAGACAAGGGAAAGAAUAAAAACGAAUAUUUAUUAACAAUAGUCUUAGUGGCAGUUGUAGCAAUAUUUAGAGGGAUAAUUCUGAGAUGAGAAUUCUGCCUCUGUUUAAUUUUAAUAAGGAAACAUUUUAAGUACCUUUUCUAGAAAAGCCUACUUCUCCUGAUUCAUUUUCUUUUUGA